GUUAAUGAUUAGACUCCAUCAUAUACUGGAGGUGGGCUAUUUUUGGAUUUUUUGAGCAAUAAACACAGAACUCUCCCUUCAGUCCUUCAGUCCUGUUCCAACACAACGCCAUUAAAAUACAAUGAAAUGACGCGCGCGUGCAGGAGCCAUGAGGUCAUUCCGACUCCGCCCAGCGGGACAGGCCUGAGAGCUCUGCGGCUUGACCUUUGACCAGUCACGUGACUGAGACUCAGCAGGAGAGACAGUCAUGAAGUUUGUGAAGCUUUUUGGACGCUUAAAGUCGAACAUCAUUGGCAUGCUCCAUGUCGGAGCUUUACCUGGUAGGACAGAUGGGUUGCAGCUGGAAGGUGUUGUGUUGUGGACUGUAUGUCGGAUACAGCUGUGUGUUUCCGUGUGAUUGUAGAAAAGGCAGAAGUUGGUGGUGUUUUGUUGUUGUUGCAGGAACUCCAUUACACAGGUCUGCAGUUCCUGAGCUCAUCGCUGAGGCGUGUGGAGAAGCAGAGCUGUACCUCCAGGAGGGAUUAGAUGGGUUGCUGAUUGAGAACAUGCAUGAUGUGCCGUAUGUGUGUGACUCGGGGCCGGAGGUGUGCGCGGUGAUGACGAGGGUGUGUUCUGCGGUGAAGAAUCUUUGUCCAGCUCUCCCUGUCGGCGUACAGGUUCUAGCAGCCAACAAUCAAACAGCACUGGCCAUCGCCCUUGCCUCCGGGCUGGAUUUUAUCCGAGCAGAGGGUUUUGUGUUCUCUCAUGUGGCUGAUGAAGGCCUGAUGAACGCGUGUGCUGGUCAACUGCUGCGGUAUCGCAAACACAUCGGAGCAGAACACAUUCAGAUAUUUACUGACAUAAAGAAGAAGCACAGUGCUCAUGCUCUCACAGCUGAUGUGUGUAUUGCUGAGAUGGCGAGGGCAGCAGAGUUUUGCCUCUCUGAUGGUUUGGUGCUCACUGGACCCUCAACUGGUGUUCAGGCGAAUCCACAGGAACUCAGCGAGGUGAUGCACUCAGUCCGGAUCCCGGUUCUGAUCGGUUCUGGAGUCACUCACGAUAAUGUGGAAGAUUAUCUGCAGGCAAACGCACUGAUCAUCGGAUCACAUUUUAAAAGCGGAGGCCUCUGGGAGAACAGCGUGGAUCCUGACACAGUGAAGAGAUUCAUGGAGAAAAUCCACAAACUCCGGAACUGACACCGGAAAAGAUUCUGAAGACCCGAAUAUAACGGUUUAUAAUUUACACAUCGUUCAUCUCAGUGCACUCAAAUAAAACCAUCAGUUCAAUCAUAAAAA